AUGGUCCCAAAAACCUAUUAUUAUUUAGACUAUAAAGAGUUCGUGGACGUGGUCAAAUGGAAAAUGUAUAAAAUGCAGACAAUUGUACGAGACAAACUGCGUACUGAAUCCGAAAAUAAAGGUUAUGUCUGUCCCAACUGUGAAAAGCAAUUUACACCUCUGGACGUGUUAUCCCUGGUAGACAUGACAGAUCAACUCUUUCACUGCGAUCAAUGUGAAAAUGUCUUGGUCGAAAACGAUAAUGCAGAAAAUGUCAAGGGCAGUCAACAGACACUCACACGCCUUCGAGAACAAUCUCAGCCAAUUAUCUCUCUAUUGAAACAGACGGAUUCCAUUGUGAUUCCUUCAAAUUAUGUAUAUAAACAUGUGGCUGGCAAGGCCAAUGGUGGUAAUCGAGAUGAAUUCGAACUGGCAGUCGCACAAGAUACAGGAGCAGGUCAAGGUGAUAUUAUUGUAGAUCUUCAGAUGGAUAAUGAGGCAGCGAGACGUGCCAAGAUGGAAGAAGCAGAACAGAAAAGACAGCAAAACGCAUUACCUGUCUGGCAUCAACAGUCGACUAUUUCUGGCACCAGUUUGGUUGGUGUGGAUGGACGUGCAGAUGCUAUGGAAGAUCAUGAAGAAGAUGAUGCAUUUGAAGAAAUUCGACCUGUGGAAAUGGAUGCAGAUACAGAAGAUUAUUAUGCAAAAUACUAUGAAAGCCUAAGUAACAAUAAUAAUAAUGGUGAUAUUGAAGAAGAAACAUUUGAGACAGUGCAUCAAGAGCAACCAGAGAUAUUUGAGGAAACAAACAAUAGUGGUUCAGGAGAAGAAUUUGACGAGGAUGAAGAUAUUCCACUUGUGUCUGUGAAUGGCAAAAUGAUCCCAUUAAAUGAAGUUCAAGAAGAGGACCAAAGAAAUAUGACAACAGAUGAAUACAAGGCAUAUUAUGAAGCAUGGGAAAGAUGGCAAAAUAACUAA